CCGUGCUGUGACGUCACGGGGAGGCGUGGCUUCGGGCUCAAACAAACAGCUGCCCGAAAGUCGAACGGCAAAUAGCAAACGAGGCGAAAUGGUCGCGACGGACGUUCGUCGUGUUCCAAAGUCGACCAACUCGUCCGGUUCGCGCUCCGUGCCAGCGUCGCCGACGAGGACGACCGCGGGCCGGUUCGUCGGUUGUUAGCCUGCGGUGCUAAUCGGCCUUCGUGAGCUCAUCUCCGCUCGCAUCGUCGACAAAGCGGCCGCCGGCAGGCAGGCAAGGAAAGCUUGCGAAGGCUCGCUCGUCUGGCCGCGCGCACACUCGCUCAAUUGAUAGACAAAACAAUGGCCUUCAGCGGCUUUGGAGCGAAAUGAUGGAGCGAACUUCGCCGCGCUAUAGCAAUAGCGAGCUCAAUUGCGCCUAGCAACCGAGCGGAGCCUCUUUGUUUCCUCGUAAGCUUCGACUUAGCUUAGCCAACAUCUCCAUCGACUUGCUGCUAAGCUAGUUGUGCGCAUUCGUGACCUUGGACUCGCCAUCAUGGACGCGCUCAUCUCGGGCGUCUCCGUGCUGCUCUUAGCAGGAUGCGUCGCUGCUUCCCAGAGGAACGAAAACAUUUUGGUGUCUGGGAUUUCCAACGGUGAGCGGUCUCGUGAGCUCGAACGCGUCGCUGCGUCCCGUCCUUACUCUGUGGCACUUUCAGCGUGCGGCGACUCGCCGGAGUUCCUCCGAGCUCCCAGCGGGGUCAUCGCCAGUCCCGGUUGGCCCUUCCAGUACCCGGCCCGCCUCAACUGCAGCUGGAACAUCCGAGGCCGACCCGGAGACACGGUCACCGUCAGCUUCCAGGACUUUGACCUGCAGGGAUCGCAUCGCUGCUCGUCGGACUGGAUGUCCAUCAGCAGCUACAAGAAUCUGGACGGUCUGCGAGUGUGCGGCUCGUCUCUACCGCCUCCUUACAUCUCGUCGCAGGACCACGUCUGGAUCCGCUUCCGUUCUGACGACGCCCUGACAGGAAAAGGCUUCCGACUGUCCUACGUCACAGGUAAGUCGGAUGUUCCCAGCUGCGACGUGGACCAGUUCCGCUGCUCUAGCGGGAAGUGCAUCCCCGACUGGUGGCGUUGUAACUCCAUGGAUGAGUGCGGAGACAAUUCGGACGAAGAUUUGUGCGUGGACUCGCCGUUUUCCUUCCAGCCCUGCAGCCUGAACCAGUUCCCUUGCUUGUCUCGCUACACGAGAAUCUACACCUGUCUGCCUCACAGCCUGCGUUGUGAUGGCAGCAUUGACUGCCAGGAUCUGGGAGACGAGAUCGACUGCGAUGUCCCAACCUGCGGAGAAUGGUUAAGGAACUUCUACGGCUCCUUUAGCUCUCCAAACUAUCCGGACUUUUACCCUCCGGGAAGUAACUGCACCUGGCUGAUUGACACCGGAGACCACAGGAAGGUUAUUCUGCGCUUCGCAGAUUUCAAACUGGACGGCGCGGGUUACGGCGACUACGUGAAGGUGUAUGACGGCCUGGAGGAGAACCCUCGCCGCCUUCUCAGGGUUCUGACGGCCUUCGACUCGAGAGCGCCGGUCGCCGUGGUGUCUUCUUCCGGACAGCUGCGAGUCCAUUUCUACGCCGAUAAGAUCAACGCCGCCAGAGGCUUCAACGUCACCUACCAGGUGGACGGCUUCUGCCUGCCCUGGGAGGUUCCUUGCGGGGGCAACUGGGGUUGUUACACCGAGCAGCAGCGCUGCGACGGCUACUGGCACUGCCCCAACGGCCGCGACGAGUCGAACUGUUCCACCUGUCAGGAGGACGAGUUUCCCUGCUCCAGGAACGGAGCCUGUUACCCUCGAUCGGACCGCUGCAACUACCAGAACCGCUGCCCCAACGGGUCCGAUGAGAAGAACUGCUUCUUCUGUCAGCCUGGAAACUUUCACUGCAAGAAUAACCGUUGCGUGUUCGAGUCGUGGGUGUGCGACGCCCAGGAUGACUGCGGCGACGGCAGCGAUGAGGAAAGUUGUCCGGUGGUGGUUCCCACCAGGGUGAUCACGGCCGCCGUGAUCGGCAGCCUGGUCUGCGGCCUUUUGCUGGUCAUCGCGCUGGGCUGCACUUGUAAACUGUACUCGCUGCGCAUGUUUGAGCGCAGGUCAUUUGAGACGCAGCUGUCCAGAGUGGAGGCGGAGCUACUUAGGAGGGAAGCCCCGCCCUCCUACGGUCAUCUGAUUGCUCAGGGUUUGAUUCCGCCAGUGGAGGAUUUCCCAGUAUGCUCCGGGAGUCAGGCGUCAGUUCUGGAAAACCUGCGUCUGGCGGUGCGUUCUCAACUGGGCUUCACCUCGCUUCGCCUCCCGUCUGCCGGUCGCCAUGGCAACCUGUGGCGUAGCCUCUUCAAUUUCUCACGGUCUCGCCAGUCAGGGUCUUUGGCUGUGGUCUCUGCUGACCCGGAGGACAGCGGCGGUACUGCGAGUUCCGCCUCUGACCUGCUGUCCCCGGACUCGGACGACACGGACACGGAGAGCGAGAGGGGGAGGGACCGUGGUGUCGGGGCAGCGGGCGGUCCUGUCGCCCCGCUGCGCCAGAAGACCCCACCUGCCAGUUCAGUGGUAGCUGCGGUAUUGUGCACUGCUUCUGUAACCUCUGCAACCCUCGUCAACCAGCCAACCGGCCUUAGCAGAGUCCAAAAUGGUCCCGAUGAGGCUGCGUCCCCCGGUGGCCUGGUCUCCGUGGAAACGACCAAUCCUAAUGUGGAAUGUCAUAGCGACCCGUCCCAACUCCGAGACCCGCCCGCCUCCACCCUGCGCCGUCUGACCCGGAAUCUGCACCGCCUCGCCAGGAACCUCAUGACAACCGGUCGCAACCAGCAGAACCAGACUUGGACCAAUCACAGCCCACUACGCCAGCUGGAUGCCGGAAGGGGUGGGGUGGAUUCUACGGAGCGGCGAGGCAGCGGAGACGAAGAUGUGGAGCUUUUGAUCCCAGACUCUGAGUCAUCCUCGUUGUUUGGCGACAUUCGCCAGCCGCUCCUGGACCCACAGCCCUCACACCCGUCGCGCCCCUUGUCCACCGUGGCUCAGAUGGUGCGACAUCAGGGCGCAAGCGGCGGACGGGCAGGCUGGGACGGACCGUGCGAAAACUGCGGGAAAGUUCACACAGCUCAGAUCCCCGACACAUGUCUGGAGGUCGGAGCAAAGAUGGAGAGCAGUGACGACGAGCUGCUGCAGCUUUGCUAACGAGCUGAAUGUUAGCCUGCUGACUAACAGGCUAAAGGUACUGCUGUGAGCAUGACGGCAUGCGUUGUAGACGCUUCGCUAGCCUCGCUAUGGUAACUUUGCGAGCAGCAGAGAUGGGAUCCGUUGCGACAGAGUGUGACAUUGCAGAUCCACAGACCCAGUUCCUUUGUACCAGACCUCGUGUUGAUCAGUUCUCGACAUUCCCUCCUCAACUGGAAACGGAUCCAGGAUCAGGUCACCGGGGACUAAGUCUGUUCUUCUCCAGGGGCCAUAGGUGCAAGAACCACACUUUUCCCUCGAUGCUGAAACAAAAUCUACUAAAAAACUGGUCUCGUCUCGUCUCCCUAAAUGGCGAACUGGUGCGGACUGCUCCAUUUGCUACGGUUUGGCAGCAAGACGUGAAGGUAGUGUUCCCAGAAAAAAGGUCCUUGAUAUCAUGGAAAUGACCAAUAAGUAUUUUUUUAGUGUUCCCGGUUUUGGUACUUCCACUAUUUAUUCUUACCAUUAUUCUAAUUGUGGUGUUCUUUGACCUGCAUGAUUGGUUGAUGUUUUCCUUUGAAUUUUCAAACUGACUUAUUAAACUUUUAAAUGCC